CGAUUGCUUUUAUUAUCAGUUGGUUAAUAAAACUGAAAAACUCUUAUCGCGCCGCAGAUGUGUUCAUCUUUAUGGGCGUAAUUAGAUGUAAAUUAAAACUUUUUUUUACUAUCGCUCUCUCCGAAAAAUUCUCUCGAAUAAUUGUAAUGUUUUUCGUUGAAAGAUCAUUAAUGUCGCGAUAAGAUAGCGGAAUUUUUACAGGAAGUGCUUCAUCCGGCAUUGUUAUAAUAAACCCGUUCGAUUGAUUUGUUAAAAAAAGAAUAUAGAACGUCUGUACAGAACUGUCAUGCAAUAUUGUUUUCAUUUCUAUAAGUGAUAAUCGUGAUAGUGCUUUUGAGUAUUUUGUUAUCAACCCGGUAUAAUGGACGACUCGGCUGAAUCCCAAAAAUGGCAACAACAUUUGUCACUACUUCGAACUCAAUAUGUCAGUUUGUAUACGGCAAACACCGAAUUGCAACAAAAAUACGCUAUCGCUACUGCCUCAAAACAAGAAUCUGGAUUCAUCGAAAGGCUCCUAGCCACAAUUGCUUCAUUACAUGGACAACAACGAUACAGUGAUCUGACAAUUAAACUAGCAAAUCGAGAUACUCCAGCGCACAAAUUUGUCCUUGGAGCAAGAAGUGAUUUGUGGAACGAUACAGCACUUGCCAACAAAUCAGACCUUGAUUGGAGUAAUUUGGAUCCUAUAGUAGCUUCAAUCCUUUUGAAAUGGAUUUACACCAGCAUAGUGGAAAAAGACAAUUUGUCGCUGGAAUUGAUGAGAGCCUCUUCAGAUUUCCAGUUGCAAGAACUGACCGAACAAUGCGAAAGAUAUUUGAUAGGGAUCGUUGGUCUUCAAGAUUGUGUUCGUUUUUAUACAGCGGCAGAGGAAAUGAAUGCAUCAACAUUGAGGGAUCAUUGCAGUUCCUUAAUUUCCGCUCAUUGGGAAGAUUUGACUGGAGAAGAUUUCAAAGAAAUGCCAGGUCCACUCCUGUAUCAGUUGCUUAAAGCCAAAAGCGACUUUCCAUUACAUUCCGCAGUGAGGUUGGUUCGUGAGGAUGUUGUCUUCCUGUACUUGGUCGAGCAUAAUUCCGAGCUUCCGAAAGCCGUAAAUGCCGUGGACCACAAAGGGGAGAGAGCCCUCGAAGUGGCUUUGAAAGCGCGACAACCCUCUCUGGCACGUACGCUCGUCGAGCAUCAGGCAGAUUUGAUAGCAAAAAAUUCACGAGGUUUGACGCUGCUCCAGUCAGCUAUACUCAAAGGAGACUUUUACACCGCCGAAUUUAUAAUCGAACAAUUGGAGAUCAGUGGAAGUGCGCGGAGGCUUUGCGAUCCUUUGCGAUUUGAGGAGACGACUAAGGAUUCUGAAGGCUUGAAAGAAUUCGCUGGUUGCACAGUUUUGCACUUAAUCGCAAAGCACAAAACGCAGGAGAUGAUCAAUGUUGCUGCAAGACUUUUGCAAGCGGGUAUCGAUCCGAAUUUGCAGGAUAAUCGAGGAUGGACGGCCCUGCACAGCAGCAUCGCAGAAAAGAACGAGGCGCUGUUCGAUUUGUUGCUGGAAGCGAAAAAUUUGAACCUGAAUCUAGCGACUGUGGAAGGUCAUUCGCCGCUGUGUUUUUCAUUACGAACGGAACCGUUUCAGGAGAAUUUCGCAAAAAAAUUGCUGUCGAAAGGAGCAGCCGGGAACCCGAUUUAUCCGAAAACAGGCGACACGCUUUUGCACAUCCUGGCACGAGACGGUCGGCAAGAAGCGGCUAUUUUUUUGGUUGAAAAUUCUACGGAAAAAUCGUGGAAAGGAAAUUUGGAAGGGUUUACGGUUUUGCACGAAGCUUGCAAAUCCGGUCUCGCUGAGCUCGUCAGAUUGUUAUUAAAAAAUGAUGUUUCGCCUAAUAACGCAUGCACUGCGAUGACCUUGACCAGUGGCGAAGCCCCCAUACAUUUAGCAGUGACGAAUCUUUAUCUCGACGUGGUCGAGGCACUUUUGGGUGCCAGUGACUCAAAUACUCAACUCGAUAUAAAAGAAAAAAACGGCGAAACGCCUCUCAGUCUCGCCAUCAAAGCACCCCUGAAAAAAGGCCGCGAAAUCGUCGCAGCCCUUAUCAAUGCCGGUGCUAACGUUAAUCAGCGAAAUGAAAAAGGAUUGACGCUUUUGCACCAAGCUAUUUUAAAAGAAGAUUCCGCAACUGCAAUCUUUCUUCUCGAAAAUGGCGCUGAUAUAAACGCCAAGACAGGCGAGGGUGAAACGCCACUUCAGCUGGCAGUUCAUUGUCGUCUUGGCGAAGUCGUCGAAGCUCUAUGCAGACGAGGUGUCGACACAUCGAUCGGUUGUCCAUUGUGGGACGCCCUGGAAUCCGAGCAAGAGGACACAGCCUCGGUACUUGUCAGCCAUGGGGCUGACACGGAUUGCUGGAGUCCAGGGCCGGAAGGAUGUCUACAGACUCUUUUGCAUCGUGCGAUCGACGACAAUCAGCAAGACAUAGCUCAGUUUUUAAUAAGAAGCGGUUGUGAUUUAAAUGCCCCACGAAGGCCAGGCUUGGACGGUGCUGGUGGCGACGAGGCACGUGACAAUUGUACGCCUCUUCAUUUGUGUUGCGAAUGGGGCCUCGAACAAGUUGUUCAGACCCUCGUCGAACACGGAGCAAAUGUAAACGCUCGCGAUGCUGAUGGGAAAACUCCGAUUCACAUCGCCGUACAAAACCAACACACACAAAUCAUUUCGCUUUUAUUGUGCCAUCCGAAUAUCGAUUUAUCUCUGAGAGACAAAAAAGGCAUGAGCCCCUUUGCCACCGCACUCACCGUUCGCAACAACAAAGCUGCUGAAGCGAUUCUCGAAAGACUACCAACUGCUGCUGAACAGUUUGAUAAUAAAGGCCGCAAUUUUCUUCAUAUGGCCAUCCAGAAAAAUGACAUGGAAAGCAUUCUGUUUCUGUUAUCUAUUCAGGUUGACGUUAACUCAAGGGUGCAGGACGUAACUCAAACGCCUCCAUUGCAUCUCGCUGUAAUUUCUGGGAACGAAAUGUUGGUUCGAAGUCUCAUAUUGGCAGGAGCGCGAAUAAACGACACGGAUGCUCACAGAAAUACGGCGUUGCAUGCAGCCGCCAAAGCGGGUCAUGCUGUUGUCGUAUCGGCUUUGUUGCAGAACAAUAUAAACUUCGACGCCGUCAACGCCGAUGGUGACAACGCACUGCACGUUGCCGUCCGCGAAGGUCAUGCUGCAGUCGUCCGAGCUCUCUUGACGGAAUGCACGCUCGACGCCGAAACCGUUAAUCUCAAAGGGAGAAAUCCAUUGCACGAAUUGGCAAGAUACGGACGGGAUAAUGCCGCAACUAUUUGCGAAUUAUUUUUAGAAUGUAUGGCCCAGUAUCCUCUGAACAAUCCAGAUUUGGACGGGAAUACGCCUUUACUGAUUGCCUACAUGAAGGGCAAUGGGAAUCUGUGUCGUACGCUCGUUAAAUCUGGCGCGUGUUUGGGACACAUGAACAAGGAAGGAAUCACGAUAUUCAAUUAUCAAGUCGCAACGAAACAAUUGUUGUAUCGAUUAUUGGAUUCGCUGACGCAGGAAGCUCCUUGGGCCGAUAAGGAUCUUUGCCUUGAGUGUGGAACCAAAUUCUCCCUGACCAUGCGGAAGCAUCACUGUCGUCACUGCGGCAGAAUUUUGUGCAGCAAAUGUUCAGGGCAGGAUGUUCCGAUCCUAAAAUUUGGACUGAACAAACCCGUCCGUGUAUGUGCAGUCUGUUUCGACGUGCUGCAAAUUGGCGCAGAUUAGACUAGAAAACCCAUAACAAGAGAGAGGAGAGCGAGACAUUAAAACAAAAAGACAAUUUAUCAUAGAACGAUCGUUGAUGCGGAGAAAGUAAAUAACUGUGAUGGUGAGCGGUUAAUUCGACGCCACCAGGAACUGCAUAUUCCGUCGCCAUGCAGCGAAGUACGAGAGUAUAUUAGUUGUAAUUUUUUUUAAGCAAAAAGAAUUAUAUGAAAUAUAACAAGAAUUAUGUUCACUGUUUGUAAA